ACAAUAAUGGCGGUGGUAAGCACUCGGACCGUUCACCAAGAAUAUAAUAUUGCUGAGCAGGAAUUGCAGGACCGGUUAGCGUACAUUUACGGAGCCAAAGAAAAUGAAGUUGAUUUAUUUCGGCCAGCUUUGGCAGACCAGCAGAAGAUUGGUUUCUUCAGUCUGGACCGUGCAUCACAAACAGAAAUCACAGAAGUUGUUGACCUCAAAGAGAUGACAGAAGUUCUGCAAGUCUUGUUACAAGAUGUAGCUGCACUAAGGAGAGAUAUCAACUUCACUAAGCAUGUGAUGCAGGCUGAUUAUGAAUCUAAGCUGAAAGAGAAGUCACUAGAUCUGUAUUGCCGAAUAAACGAGCGUGUGUCGGAGCUGGAGAAACUACACGAAGAUAGAGUGAAUACCGUUCGUAAAGCGUAUCGUCAACAGCUGUCAGAUGCAAUUGCAAGAGUCUCCGUCCUGUACAAUAAAAAUCUUGAGCGAAAAAUGAAGUCAGAGCGGAAUAAACAUAAUUUAGGCGCCGGUCAACUGGAGGAGAAGUACCGCGAGAUGCAACAGACCAUUCAGAGGAAUGAGGCGGUGAUACAUAUGCUCAAACUUCAGCUCUCUCAGCAUCAGCAGCAGACCGCGGUGGACGACAACAGGCUUGACGAGGAAUCUCUACACUCUCGCACUCCGGGAGUGUCGGCAGAGGAAGUAGAAGAACUCCAAAACCAGAUGAGGAAAAUGGAGAAGAAGGUGGAUCGGCUAGAAGAAGCACUGGACAUCAAGGAUGAAGAAACAAUGCAGCUCAACAAGGAGGUGGAUACCCUCACAGAGCAGAUUGAGAAGCAGAACAUGUUGGUGGAGCAGUUGAAGCAUGAAAAGAAAGAAAUGAAAUCAUUUGCUGAGCAGGACAAGGCAUCGUCCAAACGGAUGGCUGAUGAACUGCUUGGAUCAGGUCUGGAGAAGCAGAAGCUGGACAUGCAGAAGAUGAUGGAGGAGCAGGUCAAGAUGGCCAGGGAGCAGGCUCUGAAGGAGACAAAGAAGACCAAACCAGGAUCUCUGGAAGAGGAUAAGGAGAAGAUCAAGUUGCUCACAGACCAGAAGAAGCUUCUGGAGGAUCUACUUGCUAAGGAGAAGGCCAAGAACUCUAACGCCAACCAGGACUCGGUGGACGCAGAAAAACUGAAGAAGAGUGAACAAAGGAUGCGAGAAGAAGUAUUGAGACUGAAGAAAGAGAUAGAACGUAUUCACAGGACUUGGGAGAAGAAGUUUGCUAUCCUACAACAGAGUCUACAUGCCCUGAAAGAUGAGAGUUACCUGCGCCAGACGAUGCAGAGACAGGCUGCUACCCUCCACCAGGCCUCCGUUAGCUACACUGUGGACACCCCAGUAGGAAUCGUGCCCACAAAGACUCCCGUCAGCUCCAGGAAACAUCCACUGCCUGACAUUCCGCGCAGUGGCAAGUCUCAGCGGGGCGGUGGUGGCGGAGACAAAGACUACAUUUCCUACACUGUGUCCGCCCCCAGCGGCAGGGGCACGGCCAUGUUCUCUGUAGAUGAGAACCAGGUGAUGUCUGAUGACCAGGAUAUGCCAGAAGACGUCGUCCCACUCCCUGCCCCACCAGUGAGGAACCCCACCGACUGUGGAGAAAACAGCCGACCUUCAACUCAAGGUCAUGUGGUUGUCCUGCCAUCAGUGGAGGCUCUGUGAUACUCAGUAUUUAUCUGUGAGAUUCCGAGUCAGUUUUAAGCCGCUGUUGUGGAUGUUGUUUCAGGAUUGAACCAAAUGGUUACAUAUCUAAGCUGUGCACCAUGUUCGUGGUUUUGGUUGUGUUUCUAAGAAACAUUUGUACUGGAUCAUGUUUUAAAUUAUUUCAGUCAGAAAACCAUCCCCAGUUUUAAAUGUAAUAUGGAAAAUUGAAUUUUUAUAGUAUUGACAUAUACUGAGAUGUUUUUAAAUUUAAUGUUUAGUAAAUGAUCCUAAUACCCAAUGGGAAUGUAAGUUUUCAUUGAAGGCAGAUUUCAACAAUUGUUUUCCGUUUGAUUUGUAUGCUUCCAUGAACGGAUGCCAACUGAACACUAUAUAUGCUGGGUAUUUGACCGUGUUUCAACAUGCACUGAUCUUAGUGUGUGGAGUGUUGUGCCAUCCACAUCAUGUGCUCAUGUACAGUUGGUCGUCAUAUUGCUUUGGAUUCCAUUAAGUGUAUUGUAUCAACAUUUACUCAUGGUGUUUAAGACAGUUUCAUUUCUUUGACUGUUGUAAGCUGACAUUUAGUUGAGAAAUUUCAGCAGUUUAAUUUCCAUGACUAUUCAAGUCCGAGUUUAGUCAUGAGAUUUAUGUCAGUUCCAACAACUGUCCAAAGUUUUCAUUUAGUCAAUGGAGUUUGAUCAGGGUACUGUUGUACAAAGCAACCAUAGCUGUAUGGUGUCAUAAAUCUAUGUUAAGGUAUAGGACUUAUGAUCACCUUAGCGAUAAGAUGCUUUGUACAAUGGCACCUUGUUUCACAUAUAUCGUGGAAUCAUGUUAGUUAGCAUAUUAGUUUGAUACUUCCUGAUUCUCUGUGCCAGAUUAGGAUGGUUUUGUUGUAUGGAACCCAUGUUCUUUAUACCAAUCAGCAUUUUUAUCGCCUUCAUCUGAUACCAAACCUUUAGACACAAUGUUGUCUGUUAAAUAUACACGAAUGUCAUCUCCGUCCAUUUAUUACAUAUAUAUUUUGUACAUGAAUUAUUUUUAGAAUUGUGAUAUACGGUACCGGGAAGUAUUGUAAGUAUCAAGCGAUGUCCAUUGGAAGAGUUUUGUUGUCUGUUCUUCGGUCUUGCCCAGUCAUUGAGUAAGAUGUGAUAUUCGCUGUAACAAAAGCUUUACUUUAUUAAUGUACUCGUUACAGGUACAUUCUACCUGGUUACCUGUAGAAGGGAUCUGAACAAGUAAACUUAGGUUUAGCCCAAGAACGUCUUUGAAAUUCUGUAUGCAUGUGUUGUGUUUUAACAAAGAGGAGAGUUGUGUGGUUAAAGUGUUUGCUUCAUGUAAAAGUCCCUUCUUCAAUUGCCCAUAUGAGUAAAAUGUAUGAAGUGCAUUUGUUGUUUCCCUACCAUGAUAUUGCUAGAAUAUUAAAUAUUAGAAUGUUAAAAGUGGCUUAAAACCACAAACGCUUUCUCUGUUUAACUUGAAGGAAAAAGUUUAGUAAGAAAGUGACAUUUCCGACUGACUAACAACUUAUUGAAAUCUUUGAAAGUGUAUAUGUACUUGAGACAAUGAAGUAAUGUUUUACAGGUAUACUACUUCAAAGUUUGUAUAUUGUCCUGGAUGCAGCUGUACAAAAUGACCUUUGUGCUAAGAUGAUCAUAACUCAGAUACGUAAGAUAUGCUACAGCACUGUAGCACUAAGUUUACUUUGUACAAUGGCACUCUGGUUUAGAAGAACUUCAAUGUCUGACCCCAGUACAGGUAAUGCUUACAGUGAAGGUAGGCCUGUACUAUGGCUUACUCUGUAUGAAGAAGUCAUUAUUGUUGCAGUUGACGCUGAGCCAGGAAUUCACUGCCCGUUCAAAACAAAAUUUAAGUUAAACUGGCACCACUAUGGGUCAUGAUGCCAAAUGAUAUAUCAGCCAUGGUAUAGUUUAAGUAAAUCAACUGGAUCUCUGUAUUUGAGUGAUUUUGCCAGAGAAUAGUCCCCAGUGUUGAUUAUAAUGGUUACUGGAUGGUUACUAUAGGUGGCCACUUACAUUCUUGAUCACUGGUUUGUGUGGUCCGGAGUUGAUCAAACAGACUGCUGUAAUGUAGCUGUGAUACUGCUGGCUGACAACAGUCCACCAUCUACCAGCGUGGGGAGUUGCUGGUACACACUGCUGACAUACAUACACUAUGAUUCCAUGUGUAUGCAAUUUGUUGCCAAAAUGAACUGUUGUGUCCCUGAAGCUGUGAUAAUACAGAACUAUUUAUUGUACACUAUGGGUGUUUUCCCCACAAUAAACAUUGACUAGA